AAAUUCCAUGGAUGUAACGGCCAAUCUAGAUAGCUAACUUUAGCCUGCUUGUGAAGUAUCGUAACUAACUAGCUUGUCCCAACCUUGGAUGUGAGGACCUUUACCCGACAGGGCACUUGCUUGUUCCGCCCUCAGUUUGGCAUUCUAUGCAGACAUGCUGUUCCAAUGGGAACCACAGCAAAUGAGGAAAUGAACACGUUUUGGGCCAAAAACAACAAAUUGAACCGACCCAUGUCGCCACAUCUGACCAUCUAUAAGUGGUCAAUGCCUAUGAUGAUGUCCAUCACACACAGAGGCACAGGAGUGGGACUCAGUGGAGGUAUCUCAGCAUUUGCUCUAUUAGCACUGGUGUUGCCAGGUAACUAUCCAUACUACCUUGACCUGAUCCACUCCCUGUCCGUUGGUCCUGCUCUGCUCAGCCUUGCCAAGUUUGGCAUUGCCUUCCCUGUGUCCUACCACACCUUGAACGGAAUCCGCCAUCUGUUCUGGGAUAGCGGUAAGGGAUUUAAGAUUCCUGAGGUGUAUCGCUCGGGCUACGUGGUCAUUGUGCUGUCAAUACUGACCUCCAUUGCUGCCAUUGCAUACAUGUGAGCAGCAUGACGAGAGCAGAGAAAAGGAACGCAGGAAGAGAGAGAGGGGGCGGACACGAGGGAUGAUUUUUUUUUAAUGUUCUUGACUUUUUUGUCCCCAACACAGUAAUUGAAUGAAUAAAUAAAUGUCUAACCUA